AUGAGUGGUGCCGUUGGAACACCACCAUCUCCAUCGCCCUCACGACGCAGAGUUUCCUUAUCGAUUCCCACUGACGAGAACCCACGUACAAGUGCAGCCUACGAAUAUGACGACGAAGUUCCUGCUCGAACACAAUACAAUACCGAAUUGAACAAGGCCCGCGAUGAAUGCGACCGAUACAAGGUGCUAUUGGACCAGGCCUACGCUGAGAUUGAUCGAUACAAGAAGCUGUUGGAGCAGCCCUACGGUGAAUGCGACCGAUGCAAGAAGGUGGCGGAGCAGGCCAACAAGAAGCUGCUGGAAGAGCAGAAGAAGCAGGACGGUUUAACCUUGCGUCUGGCGACUUGCGAAGAGGAAAACGCCGUCUUAGUCAGAGAGCUUAGACAAUCCAGGAACGAAACGGCCGAGCUACAAGAACUAAAUUAUGUGCUCGAAGCGUCGUUAGGCGGCGCUGGCGGUGUCCCUCCAGCUGCUCCAUCACCAGCUUUUGUUGGGGCAACUACCGUCCUUCCGGAGCGGACAAAGUCGUCGCACAAGUCGAGCAAAAAAGAGCAUCGUGAGGAGCGUGGGCACAAGAAGGACAAGAGCCGAGAGAUGAAGGAGCAAAAGGCAGAAAAGGAACGACUCAAGGGACGGUUUGAAGAAAAGCCAACAUCAGCAUCAGCAUCCAACGGCCAAAGACUGAACUUCAUCGAGGGCUGGGGUUCCAGGCUUGGUGCUGGUGCUGGUGUACCUGUGCCUGGUGCAUCACCCAUGCAGCCAACUGUGCGGCCAAACCGCAUCAGCUCUACACAGGUCCCAGCCAUGUCACGGGGCUUCAAGGACGUUGCUUACUCUACGGUGCCGCGCACAGCAGGCAGGCCGAUGAGCUCAGGCAUGUACGGCGCUGGCCACGGAGCAUCAUACCCGCCCGCAUCGGAGGACGACUAUGAGAAUGGUAAUUAUCAGCCGUUCCCAAUGACCAGGUAG